AUAAAGUGGAACGGUUCCCGCAGCGUUCGUAUGAUGGAACCUGUAUGCAGUUGCUCGCGUCAUCACUAUCACGAGAUGCCAUUGCCGGCUAGUGGUCAUGCAGCUUCUAGCCAUUGUGAGGUUUGGGGCAUUGCAUGAGUGUCCCCAGUAGCCGUUGCAGGACAAUGGGUUCGGAAUCCACAUGACCGCUCUCGAAAACCCAACCGAUCGAGAGCAAGCUGUCGAAUACACUUUACUCGCGCCCUGCUUCUCAAUAUUUUCUUCGAGGUUCAGCAAAGUUUCCAUGCUUGUCUUCAGUCUGAAACUGAUUGUCAUGGUAUUUCUCAACGUGCUUAAACUGACAGUAUUGAUAGCCUUUUCCUAA